UCCAAAUAUGGCGCUAAGAGGCGGGGCGUUGGGGAAUGGGCGUGGCUUCCGGCCUGUAGCCUCGGAAAGGCGAAGGGAGUCGCGCCAAAGGCAGGGAUACGUUCAGGGGGACUGCUGCUGCUUCAAAAAAAUUAAAAUAAAAUAAAAAAAGGGAAAGAAAAAAAGGGGGAGCUGAAGUUGUACAUAUUACAGAUUUACCGCUGGUCAGGGAUUUGUUCUGCUCUAGAGAAGAAACGCUCUUUCCAUUCUUGCUCCUGUAAGAUCAGCGGACUCGGGAGCCUCACCCAUAGGGAGCAGCUCUGUGACAGGGAACGGAAAUGGAUAGACUGGAAGAAAGAGAUAUGAGACGGGUAGUGAGGCAGAGUAAGUUCCGGCACGUGUUCGGCCAGGCGGUAAAGAAUGACCAGUGCUACGAUGACAUCAGGGUGUCCCGGGUUACGUGGGACAGCGCCUUCUGCGCCGUAAACCCCAGAUUUGUCGCCAUCAUCGUGGAGGCCAGUGGCGGCGGAGCGUUCAUGGUUCUGCCUCUUCAGAAGUCGGGCCGUAUAGAUAAGUCCUACCCGACGGUAUGUGGACACACGGGGCCAGUGUUGGACAUCGACUGGUGUCCUCACAACGAUCAAGUGAUCGCCAGCGGCUCUGAGGACUGCACCAUCAUGGUGUGGCAGAUCCCCGAGAACGGUUUGGUGACCCCCAUGGCGGAGCCUGUGGUGGUCCUGGAAGGCCACUCUAAAAGAGUGGGCAUCAUCACCUGGCACCCGACGGCCCGCAACAUUCUACUCAGUGCCGGUUGCGAUAACGCGAUCAUGAUCUGGAAUGUGGGCACGGGCGAGGCGCUCAUCACGCUGGAGGACAUGCACCCGGAUGUCAUCUUCAGCGCGUGCUGGAACCGCAACGGCAGCCUCAUCUGCACCGCCUGCAAGGACAAGAAAAUCCGUGUCAUCGACCCGCGCAAGGAGGAGAUCGUUGCGGAGAAGGAUAAAGCCCACGAGGGAGCGAGGCCCAUGAGAGCCAUCUUCCUGUCUGAUGGGAAUGUUUUCACCACUGGCUUCAGCCGCAUGAGCGAGAGACAGCUCGCACUCUGGAACCCGCAAAACAUGGAGGAGCCCAUUUCAGUCCACGAGAUGGACACCAGCAACGGAGUCCUCCUGCCUUUCUACGACCCCGACACCAACGUCGUGUACCUGUGCGGAAAGGGUGACAGCAGCAUCCGCUACUUCGAGAUCACCGAAGAGGCGCCCUACGUGCAUUACCUCAGCACGUUCACCACCAAGGAGCCUCAGAGGGGCAUGGGCUACAUGCCCAAGAGAGGUCUGGACGUCAACAAGUGUGAGAUCGCCAGGUUUUACAAGCUGCACGAGAGGAAGUGUGAGCCAAUCAUCAUGACGGUGCCAAGAAAAUCGGACCUGUUCCAGGACGAUUUGUAUCCGGACACGGCCGGGCCGGAUUGCGCGAUCGAAGCCGAGGACUGGUUCGACGGCAAAAACGGCGAGCCGAUCCUGAUCUCGCUCAAGGACGGCUACAUUCCGGCCAAGAACCGCGACCUCAAGGUGGUCAAGAAAAACAUCCUGGACAGCAAGACCAAGCCCAGCAAGAACUCAGAGAACAACUCCGCCAGUGCUCCUGCCGCCAAAACCGCCACUGCGGCCACACCUUGUGCCAAAAGCGAUUCGAAAUUGGAUGAGGUGCUGAAAGAGAUCAAAUCGCUCCGAGAGCUGGUGAGCAGUCAGGAAAAGCGAAUCGCCAAGCUUGAGGAGCAGUUGUCCCAGAUGGACGUCUGAAGGACCCAGGCUCUCCCCACCCCAGCAACCCCUCCCUCAGCUACUGUUCAGGAAAUUCUUAUUGGCCAGGCAGGUGGGACUAGUCACUGCCAGUCACCGCGACUUCAUCCCGCCUGAGACCUGCCCAACAUUCCGAAAUGGACUUUUUUUUUCCUCAUCCUUUUUUUUUGUUUUUUUUUUUCUCAUUAAGCCCCCCAAACCCAACCACCCCUCGUACCAGUUAUAUUUGCGAAAUCCGCAGCAGAGAGACCGAAACAUAUUUCCUUCUCUCUCUCUCUCUCUCUCUCUCUCUCUCUCUCUCUCUCUCUUUCUUUCCUUCUUUCUCUCUCUAAAGCCAAGAACUUACUUUUUACUGAAACCAUGUUCCGAAAAGUGGCACUUGUGUUUUAUUUGGUGUUUUUCCAAAAAAGAAAAGGUGUUGAUCAUUCCUCUUUUGGUCGUCCCCCCCCCAAGUUCAAAUGGGGAAGAAAAGAAAAAAAGAAAAUCGUGACCAUUGUUCCAAUGUGAAGUGCUCGCUGAACUCAAAUAUUGAAAUCAGUAUUGCAUUUCUCACCAUCGUUCUUCUUUGUUGCCAAUUUUUCAACUAAUAUAUAUAUAUAGAGCUCAUACGGGCCUCCUUGACAGUAUUUGUCUAUAGAAUUUUUUUUUUUUUUUUUUUAUAAAUAUACACAUACACUUAGUCCACUUUGUACUAAUAAGGGACAUUGCAAUAGGCUGGUAAUGCAAGCGAGGGGAUUCAUUCGAUUUCUGACCGUUUUAAGCGUCCCUAUACAAGAUAUAUUCAUGUUCUGGCAACAAUUUUAACCGAGCUGGCUGUACGUACAGGUUGACAGAGGACGGCAAUAUCAAUGCAUUGCUUUCUGUUUUUUUGGGGUUUUUUUUUCUUUUCCCUUUGGGAAAUGGUUUGUUCUUUCAAUGGUUUGCAUUGUUAUUCCAUGAACAUUCAGGUCUGAUAUUUUUUUUUCCCAUUCCCUUGAAAACAGUAUCUUUUUAGUCAAUUGCAUGCAAUAAAGAUUUCAGGUGUUCUAUUUUCCCACAAUAACCCCUGUCCCGGACUCGCCCCAGCCUUUGAUUUGUGUCUUCAGUUACCUUGCGGAGUCUCGGAUGGAAGAAUCUACGUCAUUGGUGUUACACGUGAUACGCUAUGUAUUAGAAUAGAGAGCCGCAUUGGGUUUUUUUGUUGUUUUUAUUUCCCAGUCAUUCAGUAUUUCCAUUUCUGUUCUACGGACCGAACCUGAUUUCAGUAUCAAGGCUCUUUAGUUUAAAUAACACUGAUAUUCGAACAAACCAACACUUAUGUCGUUCACCAUUUUUCCUUUGUUUCUUGGAUCAAAGUAUUACCAUUUCAUCUAAGAUGUUAAGUUCCUCAAUGCGUGGAGAAAAGAAAAUCGUCUGCGUCAAAUGAGCAGUCUAGACCAACACAUUGACAUUUACUUCCUGUUUCCGUUGUGCAGGAAGUAACUGCCCUGUUCUCUUAGCCAUCUGUUUAGAAGGGUGUAGCCAAAGUUCGUCUAGACCACGUCCUAAUUAAUGUAUCUAUCACUGAACAGUAACAAAAUCUGACUCAAAUUAAGAGCUGAUCGAUAGGCUGAGGUUUUCCACGGUCAACAGAAAUAUAACAGUGCUUUCACAGUUGGCUGUGCUUAUACAGUCAUCUCUCCUGACACACCCUGUAACCAUAACUACGCCGCCCUGGGUGGUCUCGACUAACUGACUUACCUCGCAUACAUUCCAGGUUCAAAUUGUACAUGUUUUUUUUGGAAAUGGAUUAGAAAUAUUGAGAGAAUUGGUGUGUUUCAAGAGAAUGAACCCAAACACUCGCGUUGUUGCAAUGAAUUUAAAUAUUUAGCAGUGAACCCUUUUUUUAUCCCAUUUAACUCCCUUACAACUGUUUUGUCACUAAUUUCCUGGGAUCUGAUUGGUUGGGAGGUGGAAAAAGCACUCUGGGUGCCAAAACUUUUUUCAAACUUGAUGGUGACCAUAAAAAAAAAAAAAAGUAUAAAAACGGCGUAAGAAUUAAAUGUGAUGAACACUUUUCUUUCUUUUUUUUUUUUUUUUAGUUGGGUUUACUUAAUUUGGGAUGUGAGCAGGGUUUUGCAGGUUUUUUCUUUUUCUUUAUUCUUGCGCACAGUUUAUUGAAAGGAUUUUAGGAUUUUGGGGUUGGUUUCUUGCAUCCGAUUGCUUCGUUUCGAAGCCCUAACUGGGUUAUCGCAAUAAAACUUGUGAGCUGUUGGAGGGGACAAAAUAUUUGUGCCAUUUUUGAUAUGCUAGCUAGGUUUUUUUUUUUUUAUUUUAUUUUUUUUUUUUAUGGUUGAUUGCAUGCAUGGGAAAAUCGAAUGUUGUCUGAAUUGGUAGAUUGGUGGAAGGAUGAUGAGAAGAGGAUGUAAAGGGCAAGCGUGGUAGGCUUUAAGCCCAGUUUAGUGUUGUCUUUUAGUUUGUAGCGUAAUAGAAUUCAUGUUCGUGGUUUUUAUAGAAGCGCACCAUUUCAUUCCUUGAAUCCGAUUUUUCUUGUGUUGAACGGAUCGAACAAAUCAAAUGCAAAUAAAUCGCCGACUCUGCCUCCCAAAAUCAGGCAUUAAUGAUACGCCCAUGGAGCCGAGGUGAGUGGUUUCCGGGUUGUUCAACCCUCGCCGCCAUUAACCAACCCAUCAUGUAUUAGUAUAUUCUGGUGGUCAAAUAACGUUAACAUAUUAGCAAAUAUAGUCUUAAAGGUGUUUUUGCCUGACUGCUUAAUUUUGGGAUUUGUGAUUUAAUUGUACCAAUGGGACACCUUGUUGGACGGUUCACACUGGUUCAAUUGCAUUGCAUUUGAUUCAUUGAAAUUCAUCCCUCACCAAUGCCCCCAUUUUCCUUGGCUACAAAUUGGGAAUUGCACCUCAUAAGGUUACAGUGGUUGAUUUUUCUGCAAGGUUACGAAGUGUUUUAAUUUUUUUUCUUCAUGUUUGAUUUGAUUAAGUAGGUGCCGAUUUCGAAGGAUAUUUUUUGGUAGGUUGACUCGAAAGCUUCAAGCGUAUGUGACUUUUUUGAUUUCACGAACCGCUCUGUAUAUAACGUUUCAUUCCGAUGCUGCCUCUGUCAAACUGAAAACCAAGCCAUAGUUUCCAAAGUUUCCCUGUUCACUUUAAAUGGAACAUUAAAGUGAAUAAAACCCAAUAAAUUCUGAAAGAAAGAACGAAAGAAAA